GAUAACGAAAAUUUAACUAAUGUACUGUGGGUAUAAACGCAACGGCUAAAAAAUUCAGUUGACAUCCGAAAGCCUAUCGGUGAUGUUCAAAUGUUUUUCUAAAAAAAAAAAACAAAAGCAGAAAUACUAUGGAAAUGAGAUUAGUGUAUUUAUUAAUGGUGCUAAUCAUAUGUAUAGGAAUUGAAGCUGCGAAAAUACCUAUUAAUAUGGAUUCAGAUACGUAUGUACAUCAUAGAAUAUUCUCUAGGAGCAGCUGCCCAAAAGAUCACCGCGGAAGGUGCAUAGAAACCAGCACUAUAAUAAAUAGAAAAUAUAUCGAAUUUGAAAGCGGCAAUCCAACCACCGAGACAAGUUCAGCAAGACAGAAAGCCAUACACGAAUCAUCCGCAAUUGUACUAAAUUGCCCAAAGGAUCAUCGCGGAAGGUGCAUAGAAACCAGCACUAUAAUGAAUAUAAAACAUUUCGAAAAAACAAUCGACAAUCCAACCACCGAAAGUUUUGAAGAAUUGCUAAAUAAAAUAUUCAAUGCUACGAGAAGAAGGUGAACUCCGAGAAAAGUGAAAGAGACUAUAUAUAAUAAAUUGUGUCAAAAAAAAAAUAAAACUGAUUUGCUGUAUUAAAGCCACACUAAAUUCUCAUCGUUCAAUUUUUUAAUCUUCUGAAGCAAUCUCAUGUUGAACAUAUUAAGUUCUACUAAAAGAGGAGAUUAUUAAAAAUAAGAGAGCAUAUACUACGAGUAGAAGGUGAACUCCGAGAAAAGUCUAAGAGACUAGAGUACUGAUAUUUCGUAUUUAAAUAAUAUAUAAUUUUAUAUUAAAUGUAUAAAAAAAAUAAAACUGUUACAUAUUAAGUUCUACUAAGAGAUGAGAUUAUUAAAAAUAAGAGAGUAUUUGAGUGAAAGCUUGUAUAUUAUAUUAUUAUAAAUAUGGUACACCGGCAAAAUAAAUUUAGUAAAGAUUCGAGAGUCGAUUAGUGAAGUUGAAAUAAACAAAAUAGUCUAAAGAUGAGAUUGGUGCGCUUAUUAUUAGUACUAAUUGUAUAUUUUGGAAUUGUAGUUGCAGAUGUCAUUACGAGCGUGACUGAUCGCCUCCAUGCAAAACAUUGGAGAGUAUCGCCAAACUGCAAAAUGAAUCAUCGCAGGGAGUGCAUUGAAAAAUAAUACGCAAAUAUAUCGCAAAAAAAGCGUAGAAUCGAACUCUCAGAACGGGUCCAGGAACUAGAACACUGAUAUAUGCUAAUUUAAUUUGUAUAUGGUUUUCUGUAAUUUGUGUAAAAAUAAAACUAAUUUGCCAUGUUAAAACUAAA